GCUAGCACGCUACCAUCCCUGUCUAUAACAUAACACAUUCUAUAAAACACGGAUCCCGUUAUGAAGUUUCUUUCUUUGGAUCAAUCAGUGUCUGCGCCGUUAUAUCAAGGUAAGAGGCGAAAAUCAAGCGACAAAGCAGAAAAGGUGUGAAAUCAAGAUUCCGUUUUAUAGUUCAAACCUUUUACACCGCAUUUGGUUCCUUCAUAAAUCGGUUCUCUUUAUGGCAACCAUACUCAUCAUUUAUUGAGCUAAGAGAGGGAGAGAGUAACUCCCGUUUUGACAAAUUGGCAAGUGAAUGCGCCGCAGAAUCUUGGAAAUUGGACGUUUACUUACUUGAUUCUGGCAUUUCGAGCAUCAGCUUCAUGUCUGGUGAAUGCUGUCUGGAUUUUUAUGAUCUGGGUUGAGAAAAAGUUUCAUUCUUGAUUGGCUAAUGCUCCCUGAGGUGAACAGAAUUAGAGUUUCAGAUCUUGUUCUAUUAUUGCUGUGGUUGUAUUUCUGAAGCUUUGCUUUUUUGAAUCUAGUGUUGUAGAUCAAAUGUCUCUGGUGAUUUCCCAUCUACAAUUGGUGAUUUGCAGGUUGAGAAAACCUAGUUUUCUUACAGAUUUGGAACUGUUGCCCUAAAGAAAAGAAGGGAUUACUCAGCAUUUAAAUGGAAAUGAAGAUGCAGUCAAGGGUUGGGAGUCAGGGGGCAUUGGAGGAGGGGGGGAAAGACCUUUCUGUUAGAGUGACAAAUCAAUACAAGCCUUUACCACUAAGAUUACUUCAGUUUCUUCUGUUGUUUUUGGGUGUCUGUAUUACGUUUUCGAUCGUUAGCAUGUACACACUUCGGUAUUUGGGAGUUCAGAGUGUGGUUCCUAUGAUACAGUCUGGGGUUCAGAAUGUGGUUCCUAGGAUACAGUCAUGUUCUCAAGAAGUAAGUAGUUUGGAGAGGUGGAUUAGACCGCCAUCGGAUCUUUUGCAUACUAUGAAUGACACUGAGCUGUUCUGGCGGGCUUCAUUCGUUCCUCAAGUGAAAGAUUAUCCUUUUAAGAGAAAACCCAAGAUUGCAUUCAUGUUCUUGACUAGAGGGCCUCUGCCUUUGGCCCCAUUGUGGGAGAGGUUCUUUAAGGGGAAUGAGGGGCUUUAUUCAAUCUACAUUCAUUCAUUGCCCGCUUACAAGCCUAAUUUCAAUGCAUCAUCAGUGUUUUACCGUCGACAAAUACCUAGCCAGGUGGCAGAGUGGGGAAGGAUGAGCAUGUGUGAUGCUGAAAGGCGACUUCUUGCUAACGCGUUGCUUGACGUGUCCAAUGAAUGGUUUAUCCUCCUUUCCGAGGCAUGCAUUCCACUUCAGAAAUUUAGCAUUAUUUACCACUACAUAUCGAGAUCCAGGUACAGCUUCAUGGCUGCGGUUGAUGAACCCGGGCCUUAUGGAAGAGGGCGUUAUAAUGAGAACAUGUCACCUGUGGUUAACCUAACUGAUUGGCGGAAAGGAUCCCAGUGGUUUGAAGUUAACAGAAAAUUGGCUGUUGACAUUAUUAAAGACGAGAAAUACUACCCCAAGUUUGAGCAGUUCUGCAGGCCAGCAUGUUAUGUGGACGAGCACUACUUCCCAACCAUGUUGACCAUAGAAUCGCCUCGUCUCAUGGCGAACAGGACUCUUACAUGGGUGGACUGGUCAAGAGGCGGUGCUCACCCUGCUACAUUUGGUAAGGCUGAUAUUACAGAGCAGUUCUUUAAGAAGAUGUUUGAAAAGACAUGCAUCUACAAUAACCAGCCAACUAACUUUUGUUACCUUUUCGCCCGAAAAUUUUCUCCUAGUGCCUUGGAUCCUUUGUUAGAACAUUCAUCCAAGCUCUUGGGCUUCUGAUAAGCCACUCAUUUUCCAUGUACACUUAGGUAGUAUGAACUUAGGUAUUCAAGAAUGUUAUAUCAUUAUCAACAUGUUUUUGUUAGUAAAAUUUUGGUAUUCUCUUGAAUGUUA